UGUAUAAGCUCCAACUCAACGAAGGUCAGAGAAGAUGGAGCAUCGCGAUGGACGAGGAUCAGAUAUCUUGGCUUCAAGGUGUGUUGCAAACGGCGACGAUGAAGUUUUGGUCCUUCCCUAGUAGAUGCAUCAGGACAAGCAGCUCGCGCUCGAUCCAUGUCGGAAAGGGCACCAAUCGGAAGGGGACAUACCUUCAAAUAUCUGAACAGGCCGGAAAUGGGAAGGUUUACAAGAUCGUCAUCCCACAGGCUAACAUGACGAUAGGUUGGGCCAGGCUCACUAAUCUUAUUCGGGAUGUUUACUCGGCAGAGCAUCAAUCCAGAGUUACUCAUGUGCCUGUGCAUACUCAACCUCAGUUGGUUUCUCCGGAGAUCUCAUAUGCUGAUGCAGUUAUAUACGGAGGCUUCUAUGGCAGAGGAAAGUGUUCUAUUAAGUCCCACGCGGGAGAACGCUUUAUUAAUGUCGAGGAUGAUGGAGUGAAAGAAAGACAUUAGCUUCUUGGCAGAAGCCUGGUAAUUAGGUUUUCUUCGGAUUCAGAAAUCUUCACUCGCAAUUAGCUUAAUGAGUUCAGGUGUUGGGCAAACAAGGUUUGGCGAACUAACGAAAAUUUUGGAUUGGAAGAACUAUCUGACGGGGAUUGUUACUAAUUUGCCCUGGUCCAUCCGAAGCUGCUCACAUUAAGGAGCUCGGCGACAUUCGGUUCAGCAAUUUUAGAAUUACUCUCUCCCUCUGGAACUCGGAAAAUGGUCGCAACAUCAUAUCUUUCCAAGAUGUGACUUGGAUUCUGGCAUAUGGAAUCCCUCUCCAUCUUAAGAGUGCUCAACUCUUCAAGUCCAUCGGUGAUUUUUUCGGUGAGUUCAUCGAUAUCGACUGGAAUUCCUGGAGCUCUGCCUUCAUUAAAAUCAGAAUCCGGGC